CGUGUAGGGUAGGCUCGCUGCUGCCGAUCGAGGCGUCGCGCCAUUGCCGGUGCCGUGGUGGUGGUGCUCGCGGGAUGAUGGAGGUGAGGCGUUUUCUUGGGUGCCUCCUCUGGUUCUUGGCUCUGCUGCGGCUGGCCGCGGCGGCCGGCGCCGGGGUAGCCGCGGUGGACGGGCGGCGAGCCAUUGCGGCGACGGACGAGGACUUCGUGUGCGCGACGCUGGACUGGUGGCCGCCGGACAAGUGCGACUACGGCACCUGCAGCUGGGGCCUCGCCUCCCUCCUCAACCUGGAUCUCUCCAACAAAGUCUUGCUCAAUGCCGUGCGAGCCUUCUCGCCGUUGAAGCUCCGGCUGGGCGGCUCGCUGCAGGACAAGCUGGUGUACGGCACCGGCGACGGCGGAGGGCGGUGCACGCCGUUCGUCAAGAACACGUCGGAGAUGUUCGGGUUCACGCAGGGAUGCCUGCCUAUGCACAGGUGGGACGAGCUCAACGCCUUCUUCCAAAAAUCCGGCGCGAGAAUCGUGUUCGGGCUGAACGCUCUCAACGGCCGGGUUCCAUUGCCGGAUGGGUCGAUGGGAGGGCCAUGGGAUUACACCAAUGCUGCAUCACUGAUUCGCUACACAGCCAGCAAGGGGUAUAAAAUCCAUGGAUGGGAGCUUGGAAAUGAACUCAGUGGCACUGGGGUUGGAACUAAGGUUGGGGCUGACCAAUACGCUGCAGAUGUAAUUGCACUGAAAUCAGUAGUUGACAAUGUGUACCAAGGCAGUCCAUCAAAGCCACUUGUUCUUGCUCCUGGAGGUUUCUUUGAUGCAGGCUGGUUUACUGAACUUAUAAUCAAAACCAAGCCAAACCUACUGAAUGUGGUCACUCAUCACAUCUACAAUUUAGGGCCAGGGGUGGACACACAUCUGAUUGAGAAGAUCCUGAAUCCAACUUAUCUUGAUGGAAUGAUAAGCACAUUCAGCAAUCUUCAGGGGAUACUGAAUUCUGCAGGGACAUCGGCUGUCGCAUGGGUUGGUGAGUCUGGAGGAGCUUACAACAGUGGCCACCAUCUUGUCACUGAUUCAUUUGUGUUCAGCUUCUGGUUUUUGGAUCAGCUUGGGAUGUCAGCAAAGUAUGACACGAAGAGUUAUUGCAGACAGAGUUUGAUUGGUGGGAACUAUGGCCUGCUAAACAAAGAAACGUUCCAACCAAAUCCUGAUUACUACAGCGCUCUUCUCUGGCAUCGCCUAAUGGGAACCAAAGUUCUAUCCACAACAUUCAGUGGCACCAACAUGAUUCGCGCUUAUGCGCAUUGCGCAAGAGAUUCUCCAGGAAUAACUCUACUGCUGAUCAACCUCAGUGGCAACAGCACAAACCAAGUGACUGUAACAAGUGAAGGUGUUCAUGCAAAUGCUGUGAAGAAGCACAGCAGAAAGACCAAGCAUCUUCCUGGUUAUGUUCAGGCAGCUGGAUCCAUGAGAGAGGAGUACCAUCUUACUCCCAAAGAUGGCAGCUUGCAGAGCCAGGUUAUGCUGCUAAAUGGCAGGGCCUUGGUUACUGAUGCAAAUGGUGGCAUCCCUAGGCUUGAACCUGUCAAAGUUGAUGCAGCACAGCCGAUAGCUGUGGCUCCUUACUCCAUUGUGUUUGCUCACAUACCCAAUUUCUCUGCUCCUGCAUGUAGUUAGAUUAGUCCAAGAUUGGUUUUUGGUGAUUUGGUAUGAUUUUUUAUUUUUAUUGUUGUUAUAGGAAAGGUGAAUUUAGGAUGGGUAGCUAAGCUUGCCCAUCUGAAGAAGCUGCAAGGCUGAAAAGUUUGUGAUUUUUUUUUUGGUUGUUGUUGUUCAGUUGUAUAAGAUUGGGGUAAAAGAUUGAUAUGAUGAAGAAAAGGAAAGGGAAAAGCUCUUUCCCAUUUUCAAUCUUACACUUUUUUUUCCUCUGAGAUGCAAUCUUUCACUUUUCUUUC